GGGGAGUCCAUUCUAGUCAUCGACAUGCGAAUCGUAACCACCGAAACGGAGAUCUUAAGCGUCAACUGCAAAUGCAACAGCAAACGAAGUAUAAACUUGAUUUUGAGGUGGAAGAUUUGUAUACCGUCGGAUCACCGAUUGGGUUAUUCUUGUUGUUGAAGGGAACAAAGAUUGGAUCCCGAAAUUAUUACCAUGAGAUAAAUAAAAUUAGUGAGUCAAGGAAUUGGGAAGAUGUUAGUCUGGACAACCCUGAAGAAAAAGGUAAUGAUGGAAUACCUGGAAGAAAGAAUUCACGAUCAGAAUUUGAACAAUGGGAGCAACGGUCAAUGUUGAAUAACCAAGUAGGUUUGAUACCACUUUGUCAUCCAGCCGUGAAAAACAUUUAUAAUGUAUUUCAUAAAUCUG